CGGCACCGAGCGAGGCUCGGAACCCCGCGGUGUUCCACCCGAGCCGAGGCAGGGGCGCCAGGAUGCCGGCGGCCCAAGCGCCCUUCCCAGACCGAGGAGCCUGUGCUCAGCACCCUCGCUGGGGGCUGCCCUGGGUCCUCACUGAAGCCUGAGCCGCACUUUGUUUCCCGGGAAAUGGACGUGCCCAGGGCGCCCUCUGGUGGAUUCUGGAGCUAACCGACCGUGAGUUCCUCGCGAUGGCGAUGGUCCUCCCGCCGGGCCCCGCACCCUCUCCUUGGAAUGAGACCCUGCUCACACACUACAACUACGUGGGCAAGCUGGAGGGCCGGCGGAGGGAAGCUACCGAGGGCAGCACCGUCACCAACGUGCUUCUCCUGAUCGUCUGCAGCUUCAUCGUCCUGGAGAACCUGAUGGUUUUGAUUGCCAUCUGGAAAAACAAUAAAUUUCACAACCGCAUGUACUUUUUCAUUGGCAACCUGGCUCUCUGUGACCUGCUGGCCGGCGUCGCUUACGCGGUCAACAUCCUGAUGUCGGGCAAGAGGACGCUGAGCCUGUCUCCGACGGUCUGGUUCCUGCGGGAAGGCAGCAUGUUCGUGGCCCUCGGGGCGUCCACCUGCAGCUUGCUGGCCAUUGCCAUCGAGCGGCACCUGACCAUGAUCAAGAUGAGGCCGUACGAUGCCAACAAGAAGCACCGCGUCUUCCUGCUGAUCGGGAUGUGCUGGCUCAUUGCGCUCUUGCUGGGCGCCCUACCCAUCCUGGGCUGGAACUGCCUGCACAAGCUGCCCUCCUGCUCCACCAUCCUGCCCCUCUACUCCAAGAGCUACAUCGCCUUCUGCAUCAGCGUCUUCACGGCCGUCCUGGCGGCCAUCGUGAUCCUGUACGCGCGCAUCUACUGCCUGGUGGAGUCCAGCAGCCGCAGGGUGGCCAGCCCCCACAACUCGGAGCGGUCCAUGGCCCUGCUGCGGACGGUGGUGAUCGUGGUGAGCGUGUUCAUCGCCUGCUGGUCCCCGCUCUUCAUCCUCUUCCUCAUCGACGUGGCCUGCAAGGUGAAGGAGUGCCCCGUGCUGUUUGAGGCCGAGUGGUUUAUCGGGCUGGCGGUGCUCAACUCCGCCAUGAACCCCGUCAUCUACACGCUGGCCAGCAAGGAGAUGCGGCGAGCCUUCUUCCGGCUGGUCUGCACCUGCCUGGUCAAGCGCCGGGGCCCCCGCUCCUUGCCCAUCCAGCCUGCUCUCGAUCCAAGCAGGAGCAAAUCCAGUGGCAGCAACAACAGCAGCCCGUCCUCAAAGAGCAAGGAAGACCCUCCUCCAGUGGCUGCCCCGCCCUGCAUAACCAACAGAAACAAAACGCUGCAGAACGGGAUCCUCUGCAAGUGAGGGCGCCAGCCUCAAGGAACGGGGUUCCUUACAGCUCCAUGGGAGGAGCGGCCCCCAGCCCUGCAGCCACGUUCAUAUUUAUUGCAUGCCUCACCUGCGGUGGCUCUUCUGGAGCUGUGACUCUGGAAAUCUCUUUUACCAACUGCCUGCCCACUGUGGACAUUUCUUAAGGAGGGGACCCAACAGAUUGCUGACCCAUUUCAGUGUAGACAGCGUGCCUUGUUUCACCUUGUUCCAGAGUCUUCUGAAGGUACCAAGUUGCUGUCGUCAACGCUGCCUCCCCCUGAAUCCCACCAGCCACUCUCCGUUGUUCUUCGAGAGGGAAGGUCGUGGGCCACACAAUGUACAAUGAGUCUCCCAGGACAGAGGGAUGCUGUUUGGUGACUUUACAUGACACUGACUGUGCACAGAAGGGGUGCUGUAUAUUCUUCAUCUCUAUGUUGCACAGCACUUGUGUUUUAAACAUCUGCCGUUGGUACAUGCGUAGCUGCAGCAGGCAGUGUGGUUCUGUAACAGGUGGGACAGCUGCGUUCUGACCGGACACCAGGUGCACGGACAGGGCUGGGAGCUAGAGGGGCACACCGUCUGGUCUCCUCAGACUGACAUGAAAUCGUGGGUAAGCAGGUUUUGAAUGCUCACCUUCCAAAGAGGCCUUGUCCAGGGCUGCUCCCAUAUGUGCGGGUCUGACGGAAAGCAGUCCAGAGACGUGCCCUUGAGCAAUCAGCACCUGAAGGACCCUGGGGAGAAUGAGCGAGUUCUGCGGGUGCAGGUCUCCUGAGGGGCCCCUGCUUCUCUUCCAUCACGUGUCCGUGCACAGGUUGAAGCUCAUCCAAAAACCACGUUAGCCAAAUUAUGUGAUUGUUCAGGAGUUUCUCCAAAUCACAGAAAAGCCAGCCGAGGUCUUCCAGGAGCUGUGCCCCAGACCAACCAAGAACCCCUCAGGAGAGCAGAGGACAGACCCCUGGCCAGAGCAGGGGUCUGUUUAAGGGAAGGUUUCUGUCGAAUUAGGCGAGUUUCCCAGACAGCACUUUGAUCCUGCAUUGAGUUUGAUUCUGUAUCAGAAAAGCACCAAGGCCAUAACCCCAGUGUUAUCACAGCUGAGGAGCUGGGGCCGUCAGAGUCGCAUGGCUCCUGGAAAGCGGGCCCUGAUGGUAACCAGUAGAGCAGUUGAAUUGUCAGGAGAGGAGCUGAACUCUGUCGGUUGUGCAUUCUUCAAAGAAAUGUAAUAAUACUGUACGUGGUACUGUAACCUUACUUCUCACAUGGGUUGCCUCUGUAUCACUCUGUCCACCUUACAAGGGGAUGGCUGAGAACAGUCCCGAGGAUUCCACAUGCAAUGCAAACUCAUGAAACACGCGUCUGCAGAGCUCUCAUAAGCUCAUAGUUACAAAGAACGUGUUUUGUUCUUUGUAAAAACAAAACAACUUCAAAAAGAUUCUUACUUGAGUAAACCUCACACCAGAGCCCCAGAAGGUUUUUAGGUUUGGUGAGAAUUUUGCCUGAAUAAAGACUAGAAGAGUAGUCUUAAUACAGUAACUUUUCAGAAGAGAAAUUGACUCUUGUUUGUUAUCUGAUGAAAGUUCUUCUUAUCGAGGAACAUUUCCAUGGGUCCUGGGUGAUCUCCACGCACUGACCAAAGACGUCCCUCAUUUUUGGUACCAAUUAGACAAAUCCUAUUGUAAAGAGAUGCUCAUUGGUGGCAUUUUUGUUGCCUUCUUCACAUCACUGAAAAGGAGCUGCUUCUCCUACCAAAUAGCAUGAGAAGAACCAGGGCAUUUCUAGGAAAGUGAAGCAUUAAGGUACUAGAUUAAGAAAACAAAAACAUGCAUCCGAGAGCCAAAAUAUUGGGCAUUGCGUUCUCACACGGGUAAUGGAAUGUCUUAAGAACUUCAGAUCAUGGUUCUGAGCUGCUUUGGGGGCCCUGCGUCUCUGGCGCUAAUAUUAAUAACCUUUUGCCAUAACCCCAACUUCCCUCUGAGAUGACGCAAAACUUUCAAGCAAUCGGAAUGAAAAAUAAUCCAAAAAAAAGUAAUUGUAUUCAUUCACUAUAUGCAGAGAUAAUCAACUUUAAUACCAGUGUGUGCAUCCUAACUAGCUAGCUGGGGAUCGUUUAGAAGCUGAGUGUUUCAGAGCCACAGAGAACCUAUGCAUUAGACCUCAUUCAUUUAGGAACCUGUACUGUGUCCCGUGUGACUGUUAAAAAAAUAAAACCAAAAGCCUUCAUAUAAACCCGUUGUUGGCAGUCUGUGGCGGGGUAGGGGGUGUUUGCACCAGGGCCACCCCUGGGGAUGUGUGAGGUGGCAGCCUGGCUUCCCCUGGUGCCAUGUUUCUCCAGGAAGGAAACCCCAGUAAUCAUUCCACCUAUACUUCUCCACCAGCAUAGCUGCUGUCUAGUGAACUGAGGCAUAUCGGGGUGCUACCCCACCAAUUUGGGGAGAUCAG